AUGGGCUCUAGGACCAUGAAAGCCGUUCAGCUAUCAAAAAUAUCUGAUGGAUCACCUCCAAUAUUUACAUCGGUAGUAGUACCAAUUCCCAAUACGACUCCAGGCUAUGCCCUCGUGCAAGUCCACUAUUCAUCGAUUCAACCAUCGGACAGAAUGAACGUGAAAGGUUAUUUUCCAUACACAAGUUACCCCCGUAUCCCGGGCCGGGACUAUGCGGGGAUUGUGGUCGAGGUCGGGGAUGACUCUGACAAAUCAAAAUCCUGGAUUGGGAAGAGCGUCUUUGGAACUAGCGGCUCGAGCCUGUCGUUUACUAUGGACGGCACAAAUGCCCAAUACUUUUUGAUUCCGCAAGAUGCACUUGUCGAAAAGCCGGAAUCUAUGUCGCUGUUCCAGGCUUCAACUGUCGGUGUCUCGUUUACUACGGCUCUUCUUUGUCUCCAGCGUGCAAGCGUUGGUGAAAGUGAUGUUGUCCUUGUGCUUGGUGCGAGUGGAGCUGUGGGUACUGCAGUUACGCAAAUGGCCAGAGCUAUAGGAUGCAAAAAAGUCUUUACAGCUGCUCGACGCCCAGAUUCCGAUCCUGAUGUUAUCCUUGGCUCAGGUAGUCCUGCCAGUGUUCUUGGCGAAAGAAUUCCCAGUCUUACAGGUGGAAGAGGAGUCGAUGUUGUUAUCGAUACGGUGGGAGAUCUGGACUUAAUGUCGGCUGCAAUGGAGCAGUUGGCUCAAGAUGGGCGGUACACGUGGAUAUCAGCACCUAAAGGUGGUGCCUCUACUACGCUUACUUUUGAUGUCCUACGCAUAUACCGCAAGGGACUAUCGCUUUUUGGGUGUAACACGAUAGCUCACAAUAUUCAAGAUACAGCAACUCAGCUGCGAUCCUUGAUCAAGUGGAUUGAUGGAGGACAGCUACAGGCCCAGAAUGAAGCGGACUUUAGGAAAGUGAAGUUGGACGAUGUUAUUGAAGACGGUUAUGGAAAGCUCGGAAAAGUAGUUAUUGAAUUGCCACGGUAG